ACUCCGGUCCCAGAGUUCCCUGCGCUACCGGUUCGCUUCCGGCGUGCUAGGAGCUCGCGGCGGCCGUUGGGCGUGCUUUGGUUUAGUGGCUCCAUCCAUUUUGGCCGUGGUUCGCGGUCGCCUCUAGGGCUUGAAGUGCCCGCCAAGUCGGAACUGGCCAAGAACAAUGCUGCCCGGUCCACUUCGACUUUAAGGCUAGAGGAGGGUCUCCGACCUUUUUCAGGUUGCUGACAGCGUCCAGCCCGAGGCAGCCAUGGCCACGGGCUUCUCCUUCGGGUCCGGGACGCUGGGUUCCACCACCGUUGCUGCGGGUGGGACCAGCACUGGCGGCGGUUUUUCUUUCGGGACUGGAGCAUCUAGCAACCCUUCUGUGGGGCUCAAUUUUGGAACUCUUGGAAGCACUGCAACUCCAGCAACUACGUCUACUUCUUCUGGUGGUUUUGGAACUGUACUCUUUGGAUCUAAGCCUGCCACUGGGUUCACUCUAGGAGGAACAAACACAGGAAUAGCAACAACUAUAACUACAGGACUAACUCUGGGAACACCAGCCACUACAUCUGCAUCUACAACUGGCUUCAGUUUAGGAUUCAAUAAACCUGCAGCAUCUGCCACACCAUUUGCUCUUCCUAUUACUUCUACCUCAGCAAGCGGUCUCACUCUUUCAUCUGCUCUGACAUCAACUCCAGCAGCAUCCACUGGAUUUACUCUAAAUAAUCUGGGAGGAACAACAGCCACAACUACAGCUGCAUCAACAGGCCUUUCUUUAGGGGGAGCCUUAGCUGGUUUGGGAGGUUCACUUUUCCAGAGUACAAACACAGCAGCAUCAGGACUUGGACAAAAUGCUUUAGGCCUGACUUUGGGAACUACAGCAGCUACUUCAGCUGCAGGCAAUGAAGGCCUUGGUGGUAUAGAUUUUAGUAGCUCAUCAGAUAAAAAGAGUGACAAAACAGGAACAAGACCAGAGGAUAGUAAGGCACUGAAGGAUGAAAAUCUACCUCCUGUCAUCUGCCAGGAUGUUGAAAAUCUCCAGAAAUUUGUGAAGGAACAAAAACAGGUCCAAGAAGAAAUUAGUAGAAUGUCUUCAAAAGCAAUGCUUAAAGUACAAGAAGAUAUUAAAGCUCUGAAGCAACUUCUAUCAUUGGCUGCCAGUGGAUUACAGAGAAACACUCUUAAUAUUGAUAAAUUGAAAGUAGAAACUGCUCAGGAGUUAAAGAAUGCUGAAAUAGCUUUAAGAACCCAAAAAACACCACCUGGACUUCAGCAUGAAAAUACAGCUCCUGCUGACUACUUCAGAAUCUUGGUUCAGCAAUUUGAGGUACAGCUCCAACAAUACAGACAGCAGAUUGAAGAACUAGAAAACCAUCUUGCUACCCAAGCAAAUAAUUCACAUAUAACCCCUCAAGAUUUGUCAAUGGCUAUGCAGAAAAUUUAUCAAACAUUUGUAGCUUUAGCUGCACAACUUCAGUCUAUUCAUGAAAAUGUAAAGGUACUCAAAGAACAGUACCUUGGCUACAGAAAAAUGUUCUUGGGAGAUGCUGUAGAUGUAUUUGAAGCCAGGCGAGCAGAAGCUAAGAAGUGGCAGAAUGCACCCAGAGUUACUACUGGACCAACCCCUUUCAGCACCAUGCCAAAUGCAGCAGCCGUUGCCAUGGCUGCAACACUUACGCAGCAGCAACAGCCUGCUACAGGGCCACAGCCAUCUCUGGGAGUUAGUUUUGGAACGCCAUUCGGCUCAGGUAUUGGCACUGGCUUGCAAUCAAGUGGCUUAGGUUCUUCAAACCUUGGAGGAUUUGGAACUAGCUCUGGUUUUGGAUGCAGCACCACAGGGGCCUCCACAUUUGGAUUUGGAGCAACAAAUAAACCCUCAGGAAGUCUUAGUGCAGGCCACAAAUCACAGGUUUUAACUGGAUUUCGAAAACCUAGUGUUACAGAAACCAAUGAAGUAGGAAGAAAAAUCCAGUUCUGAACAGUCAUUGAAUCACCAAAUAUCUACUUUUGCAAGGAACUUCUGACACUCAUUUUGUGAAUCUCAUUGUUUAAGAAGAGUACUAUAAGACUUAGAGUGAGUUUGGUCAAGCUGCUUAGAAUUCAGGAAAGAAAACUUGACCUUGAUAUUUAAGUAUCAAGUAUUUAAGGAUAUGAACCUAAUGGAUCAUAUAACUAGAUUCUGGGAGGGUUUAAAGAAUUGAGAAGCAGGCCACUAGUUCAGUAUGUGUAAUGGAUGGUAGAAAAUUCACCAAGUAUAGUGAAUUCAUAAAAUAAAAUUGACCAAAUAUAGUGAAAUAAGUAUUUGGUAAUUUUAAUUAUGUAACUCACUCUCUUUAAAAACUUGCACUAUAAUUCUCAUUUAUAGUUCACUCAUUUGAACUGUACAAUUCAAUGGUUUUUAGUGUAUUCAUGAAGUUGUUGAAUAUUGCCACAGUCUAGUUUUAGAACAUUUUGUCACUAUAAAAACAAAACCUCUUACAUGUUAGCAAUCAUUCCCCAUUCCUUACCACCACCACCCUAAGUCCUAGGUAACCAUAUAUUUAUUCUCUGCCUCUCUAUAUAUGCGUAUCCUGGAUAUUUCAUAUAACUAUGACUGAAUUCUUAGCAUAAUGGUUUUAAGAGUCACCCUUGUGGCAUAUGUCAGUACUUCAUUUCUUUUGUCAAAUCUUCAGUUGUAUGAGUAUUACACAUUUAUCCAUUCAUCAGUUGAUGCACAUUGUGUUUCCUAUUUUUGACUAUGAUGAGUAAUGUUGCUCUGAAAUUCAUGUCCAGGUUUUUGGGUGGACAAAUGAUUUCAGUUUUCUUGAGGAAUAUACCUUGGAGUAGAAUUGCUAGGUCAAAUGAUAACUCUAUUACGUUUUGAGGAACUGCCAAACUUUUCAAAAGUGUCUACACCAUUUUACAUUCUUACAGCAACGUAUGAGGUUUCCAAUUUCUCUAUCUUGUUAUCACUCUUUUUUAUUAUAGCUUUCUGCCUUGUGUGAAGUGGUAUUUCAUUGUGGUUUUGAUUUGCAUUUUCCUGGUAAGUAAUCACGUUGAUCAUCUUUUCAUGUACUUAUUGGUCAUUUGCACAUUAAUGAAACUAUAUAUACCAUUCCUAUGGUCAUUUUAUUAGUCAACAGACAUUUAUUGAACAACUACUAUGUGCCAGACACUUAGAAGUAUUACAGAAGGUAAGUGAACACAUCAAACCAAAAUACCAGCCCUCAUGGAACUUAUAUUCCACUUGGGGAACAUAAAGUUAAAUAUUCGAAUGUUAAGUGAUAAGAAAUGCAACAAUAAAAAGAAAGUAAGGAAGAAAACUAGAAAUGCUAGGAGUGAAAUUUGCAUAUUUAAACAAAGUACUUAGUAAGGCCUUAUAGAAGAAGAUGAUGUUCAGAUGAAGACAGGCAAUAAGAGAGGGAGACAAGGAGAAAAAAAGGCUGAAGAAAUAAUCAGCUCAAAAGCUGCAAAGCAAGAGGAUCCACUGUCCCAUUCAAAGAGGAUCAGUAUGGCUGAAAUGGAGAGAAGAGCAGAAAAGAUCAGAUUGUGUAGGUUCUUGUGGGCCAUGAUGAGGCUUUAAUCCAAGAUCCUAAAGUUCUAGAGGGUUUAUAUAAAGAAGUGAAAUGAUCUGACCUCUAUCUUAACAGGAUGUUUAGAGAUUCAUGUGUGUGAGGGGGUAUUGCCACAAUGACUGGGGACCAGAAAUACUAAAUAUUUCGCAGCACACAAAAUGUUAGUAAAAGCCUAUCUAGGAAACACUGGCAAAGAAAAAUAGGCAUGCCUUGGAGAUAAAUUUAAGUUGACCCCUGCAAUAAAGCAAGUCACAAGAGUUUUUUCCCAGUGUAUACAAAAGUAAUAUUUAUACUGUAGUCAGUAAAGUAUGCAGUAGGAUAUAUAGCUGAGUGGUAUAUAUAGCUGGCUUGCUCAAUAUUUAAGGACCUGUGUUCAAUAUCCAGCACUAACAAAAACCAAACCAAAAUAAAAAACUUCAGCUAAAGUGUGCACCAGCAUUAUAUCUUAAAAAAAAAUGCACACCUUAAUGAAAAAUACUUCAUUGCUUAAAAAUGCUAAUGGUCAUAUGAGGUUUCAGAAAGUCAUCCUUUUUUGCUGGUGGAGGAUCUUGAUUUGAGAUUGAUGGCUAUUGACUGAUUGGGGUUGCUGAAGGGUGGGGUGGCUUUGGCAAUUCAAUAUCCCAAUAAUAAAUCACGAAGUUUGCUCUAUCCAUUGACUCUUCCUUUCAUGAAUGAUUUCUCUGUAGUGUGUGAUGCUGUUUUACCCACAGUAGUACUUCUUUCAAAACUGGAAUCAGUUCUCUCAGACCCUAACACUGCUUUUCAACUAAGUUUAUGUCAUAUUCUAAAUCCCUUAGGAUCGUUUCAACAAUUUUCAUAGCAUCUGCACCAGGGGAUGUUUUUGGCUCAAGAAACCAUUUUCUCAUCCAUAAGAAGCAACUCAUCAUCCAUUAAAGUUUUAUCCAGAGAUGGCAGCAAUUCAGUCACAUCUUUAGGCUUCACCUCCAACUCCAAUGCUAUUUCCACUGCAUCUACAGUUACUUCCUCCACUGAAGUCUUGAACCCUUAAAGACAUUUAAUCAACUUCCAAACUCCUGUUAAUACUGAUAUUGAGACAAUCUCCCAUGAAUCAUGAACAUUCUUCAUGGCAUCUAGAAUGAUGAAUCCUUACAAAAAGGUUUUUUAUUUACUUUGCCCAGAUCCACCUGAGGAAUCAUUAUGAAGCUGUAGCCUUACAAAAUGUAUUUCUUAAAUAAGACGAUUUGGGAGUUGAAAUUACUCCUUGAUCUAUAUGGUAAAGAAUGGAUAUUGUGUUAGCAGGCAUGAAAACAACAUUAAUCUCAUUGGACAUCUCCAACAGCUCUUGGGUGAUCAGGUGCAUUGUUAAUCAGCAGUAAUAUUUUGAAAUAUUAAUGAGCAGUAUGUAAAUUGGCUUAAAAUAUUCAGUUGUCAUACAAGCCUUGUUAUUGCAUUUAUAGGGCACUAACAAAGUAGGUUUAGUUUCAUAGGACUCAAGGACCUAGAACUUUUAGAGCUAAAUAAGCAUUGACUUCAUCUUAAAGUCACCAGGGGCAUUAUCUCUAACAAGACAGUCUGUGCUUCCAAGUUUUGAAGCCAAACACUGACUUCUCUCUUGCUAUCAACAUCCUAAAUGGCAUUUCCCAGUAGAAACUGGACAAAUCUACAUUGAAAAGAUAUAGUUUAUAGAGUGGCUACCUCUAUCAGUUCACCUUGCACUUUAAUGCCAUGGCUAUUGCUUCUUUCCUCAACUCUCAUCAGCUAACCUCUGCUGGUUGCAAACUUUGACUUCUUCCUCACCUUUCUCAACCUUCAUAGAAUUAAGAGUUAGGACCUUGCCCUGGAUUAGAUUUGGCUUAAGGGAAUGUUAUAACUGGUUUGAUCUUCUGUGCAGACCACUAAAACUUUCUCCACAUAUCAGGGUUCUCUGCUUUUUUAUCAUUCAUGUAUUCACUGGAGUAGCAUUUUUAGUUUCCUUCAGAACUUUCUCAUUUCAUUCACAACUUGGAUAACUCUUGGUCCAUAAGUACUAGAUUUGGACCUGUCUCUGUUUUUGAUGUCUUCCUCUCUGAGCUUAACCAUUUAUAGCCUUUGGUUCCAAAUAGAAAAGAUGUAACUUCAUUUCAUUUAGAGGCCAUUAUAGAGUUAUUAAUUGACCUAAUUUCAAUAUUGUGCCUCAGGAAAUUGGGAGACCUGAAAGAUUAGUGGAGCUAUCAGAACAUGGCAUUUAUCAAUUAAGUUAGCCAUUUGAUUUGGGAAUGUUUUGUGAUGCCUAAAACAAUUAGUGAUAACAUGAAGAGUUAUUGGUCACAGAUCACCAUAACAAAUAUAAUAACAGUGGAAAAGUUUGAAAUAUUGUGAUAAUUACUGAAACAACAUAGACAUUGGAUGAAUAUGUGCUGUUAGAAAAAUAGUACUGACGAACUUGCUGAAUGCAGAGUUGCCCCAAACCUUCCAUUUGUAAAAACCAUGAUAUUUGUGAAGUACAAUAAAGCCAAGCACGAUAAACACAAAGUAUGCCUGCAACAGACAAGUAGAGAGUAUUCCUACAAUCCAGGUGAGAAAUACAGAUGGCAUGGAUCAGGCAAGGGCAGUGUACAGAAAUCAGAGGAAUCUGGACAUAUUUUGAAGGUGAAAUUGACAGGACUUUCUUACAAAUGGAAUGUAGGAUAAGAAUAGGAGAACUUUGGUCUGAGCAUUGGGAAAAAUGGAGCUGGAACUGAUUGAAAAGGGAAGGACUGAAGGAGACAUCAGUGGGGAGAAGACUGCAGAAUCAUAGGAAUAGACAAAAAAGUUUGAGGUGUGUUUAGACUCACAAGUGGGCAUACUUAGUAGGCAAUUGGAAGUACAAUUGUGCAGUUCAGAAGAGAGACUUAAGUGGUGAUUUAAACUUGGGACUCCCAUCAGCCCAGAUUCAACAAAGAAUGAUUUAGAACUAAGAGACAGGAUCUAGGUUUUUCCAAUAAUAGGAAAACCGUAAUGGGUAGGAAGGAGCAAGGAGACUUAGCAUGUCCACUGAGAUAGAAGGAGAAAGGAUUAACUGUUAGGAGAAAUCUCUGGUCACAUUAUGAAGCAUAGUUGGGUGGCGCAUUGAGGAGAAAGCCUGACUGGAGUGGGAUCACAGGGUAGAGGGAGUCUGGCUAUUAUGAUUUAUGUCUGCAAUAAUCCAUCCUAUUUGUUACAAACAAAGAACAAAUCACAAAAACAAUGACUUGAAGAUUGUAAAAAUUACAGAAUGGAAGGCAGAUUGGGGUAAGAAGUCAAAACUUGAAGAACACUGCAGGGGCCAUUGCCCGGAGUUGUUUCCUCCAACCCUUGG